AUGGGGGUGACUGCUGUGAAGCAUUGCUAUUCAGAGUGUGGUCUUCAGACCAGCAGCAUCAGCAGCAACUCCGAGCAAACUCCAGUUUUGCCUUUGGAAAACAAGAUAUGGGACCAUGCCCAGUUUCCACUCAUCCUACAUGGGGGGAUGUUGGUGAUCACCACCCUGUACAUGAGGUUCCGGGCCUCGGGCUACCUCAAGUUUGGGGCCACCACCCAGGGUCACAUGUUCAUUCUGAACCAGUCCUAUGCUACAGCUGAGAGCUGUCUGCCUGGGGCCAGGAGUUGGUGUGAGGAUCCCGAGAGGUGGUACAAGUCAGUCAAGCUCCUCUCCUUGGAUGAUAUUUACCCCAUCAACCCCCCACAGUUCUGUGUCCCCUCAGAGACCAUCGUGCACUUCGCUGUUUCCCAGAUACUGAAGCUCUGGACCUUCGUGGUAGACCUGGGCAUCUGUGCUGCCAUGAUCUGUCUGACAUCUGCUCCAGGUCUUCGUUGUGGCACGCAGGAUCUUCACUGUGGCAUGCGGGAUCUUUAGUUGUGGCCUGCAGGCUUAGCCCAUCCUGCGGCAUGCCCGCAGGAUCUAUUUCUCCAGCCAGGGAUUGAACCCAGGCCCCUUGCAUUGGGAACGCGGAGUCUCACCUACUGGACCACCAGGGAAGUCCU